AUGGAUUUAAAUAAGAAUAAUAAUAAUAAAUUAUUUAAAGAUAUAUUAAAUAAUAUAUAUCUAAGAAAUUAUAUAUUUAAUUUAGUUUAUAAAGUUAAUAGAUCACUGUUUAAUAGGGAUUCAUAUGAAAAGUUUGAUGAGAACGGUUUGCCUAGACACAAUGUUAAAGUAGAUGUUCAAUAUUAUCGGUAUUACCAGUUAUUUAGUAAACCAUGUUUUCUAGCUAGACUUGGUAGAAACUACUUGGAGUUACUGAAGCAGAGUCUCGAUCUAGAGGAACAGAGAAUCAGUGGUUAUCAAUGGACACCCGAUGGCAAACCAUAUUGUCUGCACCUCUCAUCGAUAGCCAAGAGUGCAGUGUCAUCGGGAUGUAUCGAUACGUUGCGAUAUCUUCAUUCGAGAUACUCACAUAUCUUUGGAGUAUUCAUCUAUAGUUUAAAGGAAGCAUUGACUACCAACAACUUGGAGAUACUACAAUAUCUAUUUGAAAAUCGUUUACUUUUGAAAUCAUUGGUAUUGAACGAAGAGAAAUCAUCAUUAUCAUCGAUAGUAGUUAGAUGUCUAGAGAAAUAUAGUAGACCUAUAAGUUUUGAAAUAUUUCAAUAUCUUUUUGGGAAAAUGAUACCAACUGCAUGUAGAAAUAAUAAUAAUAAUAAUAAUAAUAAUUAUAGUAGUAAUAAUAGUAUUAGAGUUGAAGAUUUAAUAGUAGAUAAAGUCUUGAUUUCAAAGGAUAUAGAAAAGAUUAGAUAUCUUUAUCAUUUAGGAUAUAGGUUUACAAAGGAAUCGAUGAUAUUGGCAUCUGAACAUUAUGGAUCAUUGGAGAUUGUUCAGUUCCUUUUCUACAACUGUAUAGAUUGCCAACUGGAUAAUAGAGUCAUCGAGAAUCUAGCUGAAUCUGGUCAUUUGGAAGUGAUACGAUUCCUAAUGGAUACGAUACAUCCAAAGACACAGACGAUACUGGUCAGCGAUUCACCAACUGCAAUGUGUAAUGCCGUUAAGAAUGGACACCUCAACGUUUUAGAGUUCUUCAUUUCCAAAUCAUCAUUAUCAUCCAAUUACAAAUUUGAAAUAGAUAAACCGGCCAACUUGGAAGUGCUCAAAUAUCUGUACGAGAAACAACCCGAAAGAGUAAAGAUUUCCAUUAAUACAAUUCAAUAUGCUGCCAGUAGGAACGAUAUUGAACUAUUAGAUUACCUCUACGAGUUGGAACCAUCUUUAUUUUCCAAAGAGAUACUGUACUAUGAUCUCGAUAUUCAAUUGGAUACCUAUUUAUACAUGAGAAAUACUCUUCAUUUCAGUGGUGCCGAUCAAUACAAACUGUUUAAAUUGGCAUUAAGAUAUCAUAACUAUGAAUUGGGAGAUUGGAUCUUGGAUAAUAAUCGUGACAUGGACAUUGGAAAGUUAAUACAAGAUCUAACGUUUUCAAUGUAUGUAUAUACAAUUGAAGAUCUCAUGUGGCUUCAUUUCAAGUUUGGCUUGAACAACUAUUUGAGUUCCUAUCAUAUCAAAUUCAUACGGUCAUUCAAUUGUUUGAAAUAUCUAAUUGAAACAGUUGGUUUGGUGCAACCGGUAGAUUUUUUCACAAACUCGAUUAUUGCUGCCAACGGUAGUUUAGAAUCGAUCGAUUACCUGGUGAAGAGAAUCGACUACCAAGUGGAGCAGUCUGUCAAGCUCAAAGAAUAUCUUAGGUUCGCACUACAGAAUCACUUCAAUGUCUAUCAGUAUUUUGCCGACAACUUUGACAUUGUGGAAUUCAACGAGAUCAAUGUCAUCGGGUUGUUUAGCGGUGAAGGUUCUCUCGAGAAACUAAAGUACCUGCAAUCAAAGCGAGGUGUACUAUCCACUAGGAUCUCUCUUGACAAACAUUUCGAUUCAGCACCAGACUUUAUUGAAACCCUGAUGUUUCUCGAUAAAAAACAAGUAGUUAAAUACCAACCUUCAAGUUUAAUGUAUAGUUAUAGCCACGGAAUAGAUGUAUUGAGAUUUGUUUACUUUAACAACAAGCGGAAUCAAUCGAUGCCAAUGACCACCACCAACCUCUUGGAUAGUGUAAUGUCACAUGGAGAUCCAGUGGUAAUUGAAUUCCUAUUGCGAAACAUUAAAGACACCGAACAAACUAAAAACAAACAAAAGUUAAAACAAUACAAAGAAAAGUUGUUGAUUCAAUCAAAAAGAUAA